CUGGCUUUGUUUAGCGGCUCGAGCUUCAGACCGACCGGAGACACCGAGGCUCCUUCAGCACCGACAACACCGAGACUACCGGAGCUCCGAGCCGCUUAUCACCGGGCCGUCGCCGAGCUACGACCCCCACACAGGCAUGCCGUCCGACAGACCCUUCAAACAGCGGAGGACAUUCGCUGACCGAUGCAAAGAGGUCCAGCAGAUCCGUGAGCAGCACCCCAACAAGAUCCCAGUGAUCAUUGAGAGGUAUAAGGGAGAGAAGCAGCUUCCUGUUUUGGACAAGACCAAGUUCCUGGUUCCUGAUCAUGUCAACAUGAGCGAGCUGGUGAAGAUCAUCAGACGUCGGCUGCAGCUGAACCCCACCCAGGCCUUCUUCCUGCUGGUCAACCAGCACAGCAUGGUGUCUGUCUCCACGUCCAUCUCUGAGAUCUACGAGCAGGAGAGGGACGAGGACGGCUUCCUCUACAUGGUCUACGCCUCUCAGGAGACCUUCGGCUGCUAGGAGGUCUGAUGGAGGUCUGGUCCAGGUCUGAUCCUCCUCCCUAUGGUCAGUCAGUCCCAUUAAAGCCUGAGGAGCUGUUUCAUUUCCUGAGGUCUCAUUUAGAACCAGCCGGUGGAGUUUAGAAGAUGUCUUCUAGAGAAGCUGAACUUUAAAGGCUCAGACUCCGUCCUCCUCCGUCUGGAAGCUCCAUCCUCAUUUUUUUAACUCACGUUGUUUUUAAAUCCUACUUUAGUUUGUAGCUCUGCGUUUGUUUUCAUCACACGUUUACCGUCAGCCCGAAGCUACCAAGCAGCGGACUGUCUCCAUGGUUACCGCAGGCUCAACGGUUACCGUCAGAUUCCACGGUUACCGUCUGGUACCACGGUUACCGCCGAGUCAGCGGUUACCGUUGGGCUCCACGGUUACCGUCCGGCUCCAUGGUAACCGUUGUUUUCCACGGUUACCGUUGUUCUCCAUGGUUAUCGUCCGGCUCCAUGGUAACCGUUGUUUUCCACGGUUACCGUUGUUCUCCACGGUUACUGUCGGCGGUGACCUUCCGUGUGCAAUAUUUCCUCACCUCCCUGUAAAGAUACCGUCAGCUCUCACUCACACAAGGGAACUAGCAUUAGCAUUAGCAUUAGCCACCAUCUGUUAAAGAGCACAACAGCAUCACGACUCACCAUUUAGAGCGACCAAUCAGGUGGAAGCAUGAAGGAUUCACUCCCAUCCAGCCUAAAGGUGAAGCCCUUUUCAGACACCAGAUCCGAACGUUUCUGCUCCAUCAGUGAGUUAAAGUUUCACGUUAUUUUACAUGACAUCUGCAGCACAGGAAGUGGUUUAUAGAACAGAAUAACUAAAUCUGCUGCAAGAGAUCAAACUAAACUCUCAGCCGUCUGAGGGAAGAAAAGUUUGACUAGAAGUUCAAAAAUGAUCCAUCCUGUCUCCAUGAUGAGGAAAACACACAGCAACAAACUGUUUGGUUUAAUUUAGAGGAAAUGUUUAGGAAUAUUUCCUCUGAGUUAAUUAGGAUCCAUAAAAGGGACAGCUGCUUUAAUUUAGAGGAAAGCCUCCUAAACAUCUGGAAACAACCAUCAUUGAGACUGUCAUUAUUGGUGAUACUCCGACCUGUUAAAUUCUGUUUUCAUCGCAGUAAAGUUAGAUUUUUAAAACAUUUCAGUUUCUGAUCAAUACUUCAAACUGCUUCUUUUCCUUUUUCUGCCGUUUUUGAAUCAGUUUCGGUGCUAAAAUGUGGAAAAUUAAUUCCGCAAAUCGCCUCACAGGCAUCAAAGUCCCGUCAAUUGUUUGCAACUUUAACAGAAAGAUGAAGUGUCUGAAAAGAGUUUUACUGGUUGGGAUCAUUUAAUCUUGUGUUUAAUCCCCCGUUUUUCCUCCUGAGCUGGAAGGUUAUAAUAAUAAAUAUUAAUAAUAAAUCCAGUAAGAAAAGCUUGUCAAACACUACAGUAGCGUAGAAUAAACCGUAUUUAAUGUAGGAAUGAAUGAGCUUCUUUUGCACAUGAAUUUAUCUGAAUAUUAAAGAGUUUUUUUUAGGAUUUUCUUGUUUUUUAUCUGCUCCUGUCAUCCGUCUGCCUUUUCUUUAACUUCACUUUAAAGACAGAAAAAAGCUCCUGAUGCAUGUUUUUCCUUCUUUUUUUUUUUUAUAUACAUGUACUUUGAUUUGACUUUGGAUAUGAUUUGUUUUUAAUUUUUAGAUGUUUUUUUCCCAAACCAAAAACUGAAGAUAAAUGUAAACAGUGUGCGUAUCAGCGAUCAUAUAAUCAGCUGUUCUUAUUUAGAGUGUAAAUAGACGCUGCAGCAGACUCAAAGCAUUUGCCAAGAAAUAAAAGUGUUGCCUUUAAAAGACUCA